CACGGGAAUGUUUUCCUAGAGAUGUCAGCCUACAAAGGACACAAUCUCUCUUCCUCAAAUUCCGCCCCAAAAUGUCCUUUCCCAACAGCUCUCCUGCCGCUAAUACUUUUUUAGUAGAUUCUCUCAUCAGUGCGUGCAGGAGUGACAGUUUCUACUCCAACAGCGCCAGCAUGUAUAUGCCACCUAGCACAGACAUUGGGACGUAUGGGAUGCAAACCUGUGGACUCCUUCCGUCUCUGGCUAAAAGAGAAGUUAAUCACCAAAAUAUGGGUAUGAAUGUGCAUCCUUAUAUACCUCAAGUAGACACUUGGACAGACCCGAACAGAUCUUGUCGAAUAGAGCAACCUGUUACACAGCAGGUCCCCACUUGUUCCUUCACUACAAAUAUUAAAGAAGAAAGCAAUUGCUGCAUGUAUUCCGAUAAGAGAUCCAAACUCAUUUCUGCAGACGUCCCUUCCUACCAGAGGCUGGUGUCUGAAUCAUGCCCCAUUGAGAACCCCGAGGUUCCCGUCCCAGGAUAUUUUAGACUGAGCCAGACCUACGCCACUGGGAAAACCCAAGAGUACAAUAAUAGCCCUGAAACGAGUUCAACUGUAAUGUUACAGUUAAACCCUCGCGGCAGCUCCAAACCGCAGAUAUCUGCUCAACUUCAGCUGGAAAAGAAAAUGAAUGAAAACCCGAACAACCAAGACAGCACCGCUAAAGUCUCUCAAGUGGAAAGUCCCGAGCCCAAGUCCACGUUGCAAGACGAGCGGAGCUGCCUGCCCGAAGGCUCCGUGUCCAGCCCAGAAGUCCAGGAGAAGGAGAGUAAAGAGGAAAUCAAGUCUGAUACUCCAACAAGCAAUUGGCUAACUGCAAAGAGUGGCAGAAAGAAGAGGUGUCCUUAUACUAAACACCAAACACUGGAAUUAGAGAAAGAGUUCUUAUUCAAUAUGUAUCUCACUCGAGAGCGCCGUCUAGAGAUCAGUAAGAGCGUAAACCUCACUGACAGGCAGGUCAAGAUUUGGUUUCAAAACCGCAGAAUGAAGCUCAAGAAGAUGAGCAGGGAGAACCGAAUCCGGGAACUGACCGCUAAUCUGACCUUCUCUUAAACCCUAACCCCGGGGGGGGCACCAGUGAGGAAUGGGCACAGCACCACCACUUGCUAAAAGCAGGAGAGACUCUGGCAAAACCCGGCAUUUUCCAGUUUUGUUUUGGUUUUAUUUUUAUUUUUAUUUUUUCUGAUAGAAUGUGACUCUUCGUCCUUCUUUUAGCGCUGCAAGUGAAUAUGUAUUACUAUGAUGGUAUAUAUAAAACCUAGCACGUGUAAUUUAUUUUUGUUCUCAUCGUAAUGCAGGGUAACUAUUAUUGAAUAUUAUCAUUUGGUCUUAACUUAUUGGAACUGUCGAACAUCCAAGCAAUGUGACUUUUUCAUGUUUUUACUAACAAAAUGGUAUUUAUGUGGGGCUGUUACACGGGCCAUAACAUUUUGAGUACGUUCAAUACUUUAAGAGAAAAAGAGGGGGGGAACUUUGGGGGCGGGGGGAAAGAGAAGCACAUUAUAAUGUAACUAUCCUCGCAAAUGAACUUAGAGAUUGUCCUUCGUAAAAUGGAAUAUUUCCUUCUUCUCCAUUGUAGACAUUUCCUUGUGGUGCAUAUGUGGAAUAGUAGUCGUUCAGCAGCAAUAUGUCCUCUUGUGCAUGUUCUGUUCGCAUGUAUAAUGCAAUAAACUCUGUAAACUACUGCCGUUCCUUUGGUCUUCUACAUAUGUUUAAAGUAUGGAUGCAAGUUGGUCUUCUGGUCAUUCUCUAUCACAAGUCCUUUCGACUGAUGUACAUUGCCAUUUUCUAGUCU